UUCUCCCAUAUAAGAUGACUCUCCUUACCUCUACCCUCCAUAAUUAACUUCUAGCCUUUUUCUGACUGCAAACGCCAAAAACGUAGACUGACAAAAAACCACAACAACCUAACCUCAAAUUUAACGUCAGUUAUGAGACAACCAUCAAAAACAAAAACAAAACAAUUGUUAGAUAAAAUUAUUAAAAUAUGAAGAUUUCAGUUGAUCAAGUGUAUACUUCAGUAGCCUGCAACCGCGCUCCAGAGACAGCCGACUGGAACAACGAAGGUCUCAUAUGUUUCGGUGCUUCAAAUGCAGUGGUUAUUUACGACACGAAUGCCAAAGGAAAAGACCCACUAACAGUACUAAGCCACCACAAAUCCAAAGUAAACUCAGUAAAGUGGCUUCUAAAACCAAACCAAACCUGUACAGAAUUGCUUUCAUGCUCGGCAGACAAGAGUGCAGCAGUGUGGACGUUAGAAAAGGAGUCUUGGAAGGUGACAAGUAAUUUGGUAGAACAUAAAGAUGGAGUUACUUGUAUUCACGGUGCUUAUGUUGAUGAGAACAAUUUGUUGGUGUACACAGGGUCCAUUGACUCCAGUAUAUGUGUAUGGGAGAGAAUGGAUUAUACCACAACACUGAAACAAAAAAUAAACCUUCAGUCAGGUCUGGCUCUAACCAUCCACAGCUGCAUACUGCCCUCAGCCAACCAACCCAUACUGUUUUGUGCCCUGGACGAUCAUAAAGUUCACAUAUUUGUAGAACAGAAUGAUCAUCAGUAUCAUCGAGUGCACGUGUUGGCAGGGCACGAGGACUGGGUGAGAGGCCUUGACGUGGUGAAUGUGGACAAUGACACAUUAAUGCUAGCAUCUGCCUCACAAGACACAUAUAUUCGCCUAUGGAAAAUCCAACGUUAUGAAGAUAAGCCAGUGACAGGAAUCAAGGUGGAAGAGAAAAUGUUUGAUGCAUAUAGUGUAAAGUUGUCGGUGAAACUUGAUGCAGUGCUGGCAGGCCAUGAGGGUUGGGUGUAUGGAGUCCAGUGGCAGAAGAUUCUUAAUAAUGAAACAAACCAACCAACCUACCGGCUCCUGUCUUCAUCCCUUGACAAAACCCUCAUAAUAUGGCAGCCUGAGAGCCACGGCGGCGCGUGGGUGGAAAGCGUGAGGGUUGGUGAAGUAGGGGGAAACGGUCUGGGCUUCUAUGGCAGUCGAUUUGGCCCUGGACCUGGAGCAUUUUUAGGCCACGGAUAUAACGGAUCGCUGCAUAUAUGGAAAUAUGACAAAGAGCUGAACCAGUGGCAGCCCAGUGUGGUGAUAGGAGGUCAUUUCAGCGAGGUUGAAGAUAUUCGGUGGGAGCGGGAGGGUCGGUACCUUGUGAGUGUUUCUCUCGACCAAACCACGAGGCUACACGCACCUUGGCUGAGAGCUGAUGGUAGAGGAAUCCAAUGGCAUGAGAUUGCCCGCCCUCAGGUACACGGGUACGACAUGGCGUCCAUAGCGCUGGUGUCACCCACAGUGUUCGUGUCGGCCGCUGAGGAGAAGGUCCUGCGAGUGUUUCAAGCGCCGCACAACUUCACACAGAACUUCAAGAGUAUAACCGGCAAGCCACUGGUCGGGGACGAUGUUAAGGGACCGGAGGGAGCGUCUGUACCAUCACUGGGGCUGUCCAACAAGGCUGUGUUCAACGAUGACGACAGAGCCGUCGCCGAUGGUGACAACGAUGGAUACUUCGUGCCCAUUCAGCUAAACGAGCCUCCAACUGAAGAAACGUUGAUGCAAAACACGUUGUGGCCGGAAGUGAACAAGUUAUACGGCCACGGGUACGAGGUGUACUGUGUAGACGCUAGCUCUGAUGGUGCCCUGGUAGCUUCCGCCUGUAAAGCAACCACCGCGGAACACGCUGCUGUACUCAUAUGGGAAACCAAGACCUGGCAACAAAUCCAAAAGCUGAUAUCCCACCAACUGACCAUCACACAGCUUGCGUUCUCACCCGAUAGUCAGAAACUAUUGUCGGUGUCGCGCGAUCGAAGGUGGACCUUAUACCAAAGGGCGGAGGGUUCUAAUUCCUUUGAUAUAGCCGCAAGUACGGACAAAAAGAACGGAGUACAUACUAGGAUAAUAUGGUGUUGCGCGUGGGCGUACGACAGCAGUGUAUUUGGUACAGGCUCUAGAGAUGGAAAGGUUUGCGUAUGGUCUAAAGCAGAAACAAUCAGCGAUUCCUCACUAAAAGACUACAGUUUGUUGGGUAAACCACUGGAGCUAGCUAAUUCGGUGACCGCGCUCGCCUUUGCUCCCCUCGAGUCUGACGUCCGAAUAGUGGCCGUGGGUGUAGACUCCGGCGUCAUCAGGUUAUACCAGUUCGACCUCACCUGGAGUUUGCUGCACGAGUUAGUUAACAGCGUGGCGCACCAUUUAACAGUGAAGCGGCUUUUCUUCCGUCCACGACAACCCAAUGAGGGCGAAACGAAUAAGGAAAUGUUACUAGCUAGCUGCGGCAGUGAUAAUUUCGUUAGAAUUUGUAAAUUAUACUGUGAAUAAAAUUAAAAAUAUAUAUUUUGAUA